AUGAGACUCCUCAUCGCUCUAUCCGCCGGUCUAUUGACCGGCGCUUCAGCCACUCCAGUCGGCACACCCACCAUCAACAACCGCGACGCAACCUCCGUCCAAGAAACCAUCAGCCUCUGCACUCAAUACGCCUACCACUCCGCCAACGGCUACGAAAUCCUCAACAACCUCUGGGGCAAAGACCAAGCCACUUCCGGCUCCCAAUGCACCUACUAUGAGGGCAGCACCGGAAACGGAAUCAAAUGGAGUACCGAUUGGGUGUGGAACGGCGGCCAGGACCAAGUAAAGAGCUAUGCCUAUGCGGGUAAGAUCUUGACGAAAGGGCAGAAGAUAUCGCAGAUUACUAGUAUGCCAACGCAGGUGGAGUGGUCUUACAAUCAAACUAGCAAUGUGAGGGCGAAUGUGGCGUACGAUGUCUUUACCGCUGCGGAUCCAAACCAUGUUAAUAGUAGUGGAGAUUAUGAGCUCAUGGUCUGGCUCGGUCGGCUGGGAGGCGUAUGGCCCAUCUCGCAAGCUGGAGCCCCAGUGGCUACCGUGACCAUCGCUGGAUACACCUUCGAUCUCUACACCGGCUACAACGGAUCGAUGCGCGUGUACAGUUUUGUGCGGGCGGGUAAUAGUGAUAUCAAGAGCUUCAGCGCGGAUAUCAAGUUGUUCUUCAACUAUCUGGAGCAGACUCAGCAAUUUCCUGCGAGCACGCAGAACCUGAUUGGUAGGUUUUCCGAUGCGAAUGGAGCGUACUUGAUGCUGAUAUGUGAGUAG